GCUCAGUGUCCUGAGAACAGGCCAACCAACCAGCUGCUCUUCAGGACAGCUCAGCUUCGCCCUUUGCUACCCACCUCUCUGCCUUUCAAACAGAUUCCUUGUUUUCUGUCCCCUUCAACUUUCAUCCCCUCCCAGGUGAGGGGAUUGACACUGAUCUCUUUCUGGAGCAUCAUCCAGAGCUUUGUACUCUGUUCCUGAGAGAGACAAUGGCCACAACAGAGAAGGAUUCCUUCAUUGCCGAGGGAAUGGCUCCUCCAAAAAGGAUCCUCUUCCCACCAGAGAAGAUCUGCAUGGUGGCAGCAGAGACAGAGUGCUGGAGCAGGGCUCUUCAAUGUGGGCAACACCUGCUUCCUCAACGCUGUCCUGCAGUGCCUGACCUACACCCCCCCACUGGCCAACUACCUGCUGUCCGAGAGCACAGCCAGGCCUGUCACCAGCAGGGUUUCUGCAUGAUGUGCACCAUGGAAGCACACGUUAACAAGGUCCUGCGUUCCUCUGUCAGUGCCAUCCUGCCUUUGGCUGUCCUCAAGGUUUUCAGACGCAUAGGAGAACACUUUCGGCUUGGCAGGGAGGAAGAUGCCCACGACUUCUUGUCCUGUACUGUCAAUGCCAUGCAGAGAGCUUGUCUGAGUGCAAGCAGCGACUUGGACCUCUCAUCCCAAUCCACCACCAUUGUCUCUCAAAUAUUUGGAGGCUUUCUGAGAUCCAGAGUCACCUGCUUCAGCUGCAAAGCCAUUUCUGACUCCUACGAGGCCUUCCUGGAUAUCCCUUUGGAUAUCAAAGCAGCCUCGUCCCUCACGGCAGCUCUGGAGGACUUUGUGAGACCCGAGCACCUGGAUGGUGAAAACUGCUAUAAAUGUGACACGUGUAAGAAGAGCACUGCUGCCUCCAAGAGAUUCACAGUCCAUCGUGCACCCAAGGUUCUCACGGUGUGCCUGAAAAGGUUUGACUGUUUCACCGGUGGGAAGAUCCGCAAGGUUGUGCAGUACCCCGAGUACCUGGAUCUUCGCCCGUACAUGUCCCAGGCAGAGGGAGAGCCCCUCCAUUACUCCUUGUAUGCUGUCCUGGUGCACAGUGGGGUCACCUGCCAAGGAGGACACUAUUUCUGCUACACAAAGGCCAGCAACGGGCUGUGGUACAAGAUGGAUGAUGAGUCUGUGGAGCUCCGUUGCCUUGCCACAGCUCUCAAGCAGCAAGCCUACCUGCUGUUCUAUGCCAGGUGCUCUGAUCUGAAGACUGGAGAAAGGGCUUCUUCCUCGCUGGCACCACCAUAUGCCCCUUCCUUCCUUCCUCAGGGGGCAGCCAGCAGCAAGCAGGUGGCUUCUGUUGGCCCACAGGGUUUGCCUGGCAGCACAGAGGACAUGGCGCUGGGCAUGGAAGGCCCUGGCAGGGAGCGGGCCCGGAGCAGAUCCCGGCUGCGGGGCAGGGAAGGCCGCAGCCGCUUUGGGGACACCACGGGCAGUGAGCACUCUGCAGGGAGGAGAAGGAGCCCUCCAAGCUGUGCCCCCGCUCCCAGGGAUGCUGCAGCUCCCAGACCUCGCAAGAGGAGCUUGCAGUGUGCUGCUGGCCCCGGGGCUGCUCAGGAGCAGGCCCUGCUGGGGCAGAGGGACACGAGCGCGUCCCUGCGCAGCCUCCGCAGCCGCUGUGUGCAGCACACUGACUGCGAGCCCUCAGUGAGGAAGAGGGGAGGCUGGCAAAUUCCCAGAGCUGAGCAAACCCUGCCCAUAGUGCAGUGCCAGGGCCCUCCAGCCCCUGCUUGAAGCAGGCUCCCAUGCUCAGGCUGCUCGGGAGCAAAGGCAAGCGAGGUGCAGGGAGCAGAGGAGAUCCCCACGGCGGGGCUGGGGCCUCCAGGGCCGGUUUGUGCAGCACACAGCCCAGCGGCCUUCAGCGAGGAAGAGGAGGGUUCCCAGCCCCAGAGAUGCGUGUCUGACAGGCACUGGGGCCACUCUGGGAGUGCUGCAGUCGGGUUAUGGCCCUGGCUGGAGCAGAGUGGAAGAUCAGCACUGCGCUUUCUAGCAAAGGUGUCCCUGUGCUCUCCACGCCUCCUCAAGGAUGAGGGAACAAUUUGUUUAUGUAGAUGGUGUAGACUAAUAGGCUUUAUUUAGAAUUAUUUAUACCAUAGAGUAGAUAGUUGUUGUUAAUAAUAAAGGUCAGUAGUUGGAAGC